AUGUCGGGCAAAUACGCGUUCUCGCAGACGUUGAAGGAGGUGCGGUUUUUGUUUUGCCAGACGAGUGAGAAGAGCGCUGGUGCGAGAACAUUCCUAGCACGCGCAUAUCCUACGAUGAAGAAGAACAAUCCAAAUACUCCAAUUAUGCUCCGCGAAGCUGCAGAUACGCCGGCUAGAGUGUAUGCACGAUACGAAUUUGGGAAGGAGAAGAGCGAGUCGUUAGCUGGAUUAUCGGAUAAGGAGAUUGAAGAGAAAGUUACGGGGUUGGUGAAGAGUAGUGCGUAG